UCCUCCAAUAACCCCAACGACCCAUCCGUACGCGUCUUGAACCAACGCCCCAAACCACAAUGUUGGGAACACGGCUGCAACGGACGACAAUUCUCGACCUUCAGCAAUCUCCUCCGCCAUCAGAGAGAAAAGUCCGGCACAGCGAAUAAAUCCUACUGUCCGAAAUGUAACGCGGAGUUCACGCGGACGACGGCGAUGCACGGCCAUUUGAAGCACGACAAGUGCACGAAGCAAAGGAGGGAGAGCGACGCGAAUUGA